AUGGCCGCCCCCUCGCAACUUCCGUUCCGUCCGCUCGAGUACUGGAAACCACCAAAAGCCGUCCUGCAUAUCCGCGCCAGAAGUACGAAUCUCCCACAGAGAUCGCCGUCGGUGUACUCGUUUGACAGUGAGAAGGGGAAGGAGAGUUUUGAUAGCGUGGAGCGCAAACAUACGACGUAUUCGAGCGCGACGGAGAUUAUGAAGAAUCAGUUUGUAGAGGGGACGGGGGAGUUUGAGAGGCAGGAUGGCGUGGGACGGAAGUGGUAUGACGUUAAGGGUUGGGGGAAGAAAGUUUGGAUUGGGGUUGCGGCUGCGGUGGUGAUUUUGAUAAUCGUAAUUGUGGUUCCGGUGGUGGUGACGAAUAAGAAGAAUAAGUACCCGGAUUAUUCGAGGUUGAGUUAUAGUGUUUCGGAGACAUAUUCCGGAGAGAACUUCUUUGACAACUUCGACUACUUCACAGGAUACGAUCCAUCAAGCGGAUUUGUGCAUUAUGUCGAUUCAGUAGCGGCUGCUCAGUACAAUCUCACAUACGCAUCCACCUCAUCAGCUGUUCUCAGAGUCGACACAUCAGUCAACUCAUCCAGUGUUCCUAAUGCCUCGACCGGUCGCUUCUCCGUUCGCAUCACUUCAAAAAAACAAUACGGCACAAACAACCUCUUCAUCUUCGACGUCAAGCACACACCCACAGGUUGCGCAACCUGGCCUGCUCUUUGGCUCUCCGAUCCCUCAAAUUGGCCUACCAACGGCGAAAUUGACAUCAUGGAAGCCGUCAACGUGGUUUCAGACACGCAGAACCAAAUGACCCUUCACACAACCAAAGGCUGCUCUAUGGAUGUCAAACGCAAAGACACUGGCACAGAUCUCCAAUCCAGCUGUUUGAAUUCCACAAAUGGCAAUGCAGGCUGCGGCGUUGACGCCGGCACCUCGACCUUCGGCAACACCUUCAACAACAACGGCGGCGGGGUUAUGGCAAUGGAACUCCGCACCGCGGGAAUACGCAUGUGGCAAUUCGCGCGUGCUUCCAUUCCAUCAGAUAUCAGCGCCGGCUCGCCAGAUCCAUCCACCUGGCCUGAAGCGACAGCGGAUUUCCCAAACACGAAUUGUGAUAUCGACACGCAUUUCCGGAAUCAGAGCAUCAUUGCGAAUAUCGAUCUAUGUGGUUCAUGGGCUGGCGACGAGACGAUAUAUGCGCAGAGUUGUCCGGGGACGUGUAGUGAUUACGUGGCGAAUAAUAAUACGGCGUUCGCGAAUGCGUAUUGGGAGUUUGGAUCUUUUGUGGUUUACAGUGCGAAUGGGACUGUUUCUUGA